AUGUUGUAUUCCAAACAGAUUAACGAAAACAAUGACAUGUUUAGAUUUUUAGUAAAACAUAUAAGGAAUGUCAUAAGGAAAUCCAUUGUCUCCUUUCUAUUAGAUACUUUACAGGCAAAAUUCAUGAAAAUUCGUGUCACGAUAAAUAUUAAUAAUGUUGUGGUGAACUUGAUGCAGAAACUUAAAAGAUCGACUUUGUGCACGCGGAGUCGUGGAGAAAAAGGUUACAAGGGUUACAAAAAAAAAAAAAGAUUAUCAGAAAAAAAGAGAGAUAAAUCAAAUUUAAUCGACAAAAAAUUUUUCUGCGCAUUGUUAGACAGAGGUUGCAUUAUGUAUCACGGCAGACGAAAAGAUCCUCCAUUAACAUUGCAUGUAUUCUCCUAUGAGGUUUCCUCUCUUGAAGUGGUUAGCUUUUUCGAAGAUCAGUUUCACAAUGAAAAAAAAUUUUUCUUUUCAGAUGUGGGGAAAAAAAUGUGUGUGCUUUAGAGAAAUACUCGUUAUCGUACUUGAUAAGAGAAUAAAAAUGUAAGUUUUCAUAUGCAGGGUCUUGCUUAAAGCGUUGCUUAAACAUAACUUUAAAUAGAACCGUAAAUAGACUUCUAGAAAAAUUGUUUAAAAAAAAUGUAUGGGGUCAAGUGGGGUCAUUGAGGUCACAUGUCCAAAUAUGGUUGGCCAUUUUAUUUUUACUAAAAGCUGAUCAAAUUUGGUAGCAUCUAAAAUGAUAACGUUAGGUAAAC